AUGGCCCCCACAAUCAAAGUCGGUGACACCAUCCCCGAGGCCACUUUCAACUACAUUCCCUACACCCCCGAACUUGAGAGCAAGCUUGCCUGUGGCAUUCCCAUCAAGCUCAACACCUCCCAAUGGAAGGGUAAGAAGGUCGUGAUCUUCUCCGUACCAGGGGCCUUCACGCCUACGUGCCACGUUAACCACCUUCCUCCCUACCUCGAGAAGUACGAUGAAUUCAAAGCUAAAGGUGUCGAUGUCAUUGCCGUCGUCGCUGCCAACGACGCCUUUGUUCUGAGCGGAUGGGGAAGGUUUGAGGGUGCUGAGGACAAAAUCCUCUUGCUUUCCGAUGGAAACGCCAAGUGGUCUGCCUCCUUGGGUCUUUCCAUAGAUUUGUCUUCCAUUGGUUUCGGUACCCGCACCGGCCGCUAUGCCCUUAUCCUUGAAGACCUCGUUGUCAAAUACGUUGAGAUCGAGCCUGGCACUGAUGUCACCGUCUCUGGUGCUGAAGCAGUCCUCGCCCAGUUGUGA